AUGUUGUCUUCAGAUGGAGAAGAGAACAGCGACAGAGUUGGCAACAAAAUAUCAUCGUCAACGUCAAAAUCCUCAUCAGCAUCUUACUCAUCUUCCCCACCAUUCUCCCCUUCGUUACCCCUCCACCCGAACACGAGAGCCAAAAACAUUGAAGAAGUAUGGAAAGAUAUCAAGCUCGCUCCUCUCUAUGAUUACCUUUCUAAGGACGUUCGGCCCACCACCAACUUUCUGGGCAUGAUCUUCCAGGACUUCCUUGCUCCACCCUCUUCCAAAGAGCACCCACCAAGUGUACCUGGCUAUGGCUCUCCAGCGCUACCCACGUUGAGUUCGGUUCCUGAAUCACAUUUCCUUGGCAACUCGGUUCCUCUUAGGCCAAACUCUAUUUUACGGUCUCAACCUAUUCCAAAUAUUUGCGGUAACGAUGUGCCUGCUGCUAUGGGUUCCUGUUUGGGUUUGUCGGCUAAUGGCAAGAAAAGAACAGAGAGUCCGCUGAUCGGUCAAGGGCUAGAAAGCAGGAAUGUUUCUCUCUUCCAUCUUCCUUAUCUACGUUUCCUUUCUAAGUUACUUGCAAAGUUGGAUAUGCUCGCAUAUACAAAUGAAUUGGAGCUCGAAAUUGCUCAUUUGAUGGAAGAGAAUGCUAGACUGAAGAAGCAACAGCAGCAGGUAGAUUUACGAAUGUACAUUAGAGAUGCUCUGAGAAUAUCAGAAGCAAAUAACCCUAAAAGCACCUGUCGCUCUAGUUUCCUAAGGCGAGCUUCAACAUUUAUAUAUGUAGCUGCAGGUGCUCAGCCAACUAAAAAGCCCUCUCUCCAUCGAACGUUGACAGCACCAUUUUGA